GAGAGCUGGUUUGAAUUUUCCUGUGGAAAGUGGCAGAACUAGAAGUACCUCCACCAGAUGUCCCUUUGUUGUAAUAAGCAUGCCCCAACUGCAAUGGAACUCAGAGACGUAUCCUCUUAGAAUUCAAUUAACUUAGUUCUUAACCUGCCAUUUUUCACCAAUCUCAUCUGUGAGCCUAAGAAAGUUCAAAGUUCAAUGGAGCUAAUUUCCUUCUGCAUCCUCUUCAUCUUCCUCUCUCUUCUUCUUCUUCAAUCAUCAUCAGGCCAACAAUCCUACUAUCACCAAUCAACUGAGUAUUGCAAUGAAACUACUGCUCUAUCAAAAGGGUACGUCUGUGAUCGCCCUCAGAUGUCAUGCCAGUCCUUUGUAACCUUUCAGACCAUGCCAGCCUAUAAUUCGCCUGCCACCAUUGCCUCUAUCUUAGGCUCAGAUGCCUCCAGUAUAGCUUCCAUCAACAAUGUACCGUCAAACUAUAAUUUUCCCAACAACAAAUCAAUCAUAGUUCCGGUCUAUUGUUCUUGUUCUGGCAAUAUCUAUCAGCACUAUGCUUCUUACACUAUUCAAGCAGGCGACAACUAUUCCCAUAUAGCCAAUGAAGUUUACCCAGCCUUGACAACAUGCCAGGCCCUGAUCGGCCAAAACUAUUAUUACCCUGACAUUAUUCUGGUUGACGCAGAGUUAACAAUUCCUAUUAGAUGUGUAUGUCCAAGUGAAAAUCAGACUGCUAAUGGGGUGACUUCCUUGUUAGUCUAUAAGGUGAUGCUAGGGGAUUCCAUCAGAUCAAUUGGGGAGGCUUUUACAGUUAGUGAAAAAAGCAUCUUCGAGGCAAACAUGCUCUCUGAAAAUGACUACAUCUACCCUCGUACACCUCUACUGAUCCCACUCAACAGCAAGAGUUGCAAUGAAAAUCCAGACAGUUUUUAUUGCUAUUGUCCCAAUGGGUAUCUUGCAUCCCAAGAAGGCCUCCGUUGCAUUCUGCGCAGCAAAAGACUUCCAACAAAAUUGGCUGUCCUAUUAGGUGUUGGAAUUGGUUUUGGAUUCUUGUGUGUCUGUCUUAUUGGUUACUAUCUGUUUAGAGUCAUAAAGGAAAGAAGAAAUAAAAUUCGGAAGGAGAAAUUGUUUAAGCAAAAUGGAGGCAUAUUGUUACAGCAACAGUUGGCAUCUUAUGGGACUACUGAGAAAGGAAAGGUAUUCACUGAAGAAGAACUUCAAAGAGCAACAGACAACUACAACCAGAGUAGGUUGCUUGGUCAGGGAGGCUAUGGCAUGGUUUAUAAAGGUAUGUUACCCGAUGGUAGCAUAGUUGCUGUUAAGAGGUCAAAAGUGAUUGACAGAAACCAAAUUCAGCAGUUCAUUAAUGAAGUUGUCAUUCUGUCACAAAUAAAUCAUCGAAACAUCGUGAAAUUAUUAGGCUGUUGUUUGGAAACCGAGUUUCCACUACUAGUAUAUGAAUUUGUUCCUCAUGGAACUCUUUCCCAGCAUAUUCAUGGCGUAGAUCAAGAAUCCUCACUUCCAUGGGAGCAGCGCCUAAGGAUCGCAUGUGAAGUGGCAGGAGCAGUAUCAUACAUGCAUUCUGCAGCUUCAUUUCCCAUCUUUCAUAGAGACAUUAAAUCUUCAAAUAUACUGUUAGACGAUAAAUAUAGUGCAAAAGUGGCUGACUUUGGAACUUCAAGACCAAUGGCAUUUGAUAAAACUCACUUAACAACUGCAGUCCGUGGAACUUUUGGUUACUUGGAUCCAGAGUAUUUCCAAUCAGGUCAGUUCACAGACAAAAGUGAUGUUUAUAGCUUUGGGGUUGUGCUUGUAGAGCUUCUGACCGGUGAAAAACCUGUAUCCUUUUAUAGAGUUGAAGAAGAUAGAAAUCUGGUUUCUUACUUCAUUUCUUCAAUGAAGGAUGAUAAACUACUGCAGAUUGUUUAUGCUCGAGUUGCAAAUGAAGCUCGGAAAGAGGAUCUUUACUCUAUUGCAAAACUUGCAGUUAGAUGUUUGAGAUUGAAUGGGAAAAAGAGGCCUACAAUGAAAGAGGUAGCAAUGGAGCUAGAAGGAUUAAUGAAGUCUCAGAAAUGUUUACAGGUUGAACAGGGACCUGAGAUAUUGAGGAAUGAACUGUCAUUUCUACAUUCUGUUGGUGAACCUGCAGAAUAUUCUACAGAGGAAAGCACUCUUCUUUCCUUAGAAAUGGAACCUUCGACGAUAUCGCAUGCAUUGAGUUGAUGUAGAAGACUAAAUUAUGGGAGUUGAGAGGAAGAUGGUGUCGUUAAACAGCUCUCGUGCUCAAGACCCUCAUAUUUCUCGGCCAAAGACUCAACCUUUGGAGGUCUGUGAUGGCCAAUGUGGCAUCCUCAUGCUCCGUUUGAUGUAAUGCUGCUUGGGUUGCACAAGGGUGCGAAAGUUUCUCCAAGGCCAUUUCUUCAACUCCUGCAGUGGCCUGUGGUACACUCAGAGCUAUCUUUCUGGAGUGUUCAUGGUGCUGAGGCUGGAAAUUGAGCUUUUAGUAUCUGCUGUCAAUUGAAUGACUCCUAGAGUAGUUUUGUGUAUUGGUUUCCUUUAGUCUUGUGUCUACUGUUACUACUUUACUCAUGAUUUCUUGAUUAAUCUGACGUUGAGUUUCUGUGAUUAAAACAUGUUCUCAACCUAAACAA